AUGGCAGGCACACGCAACUAUGACUUCCUCAUCAAACUGCUCUUAAUCGGCGACUCAGGCGUAGGCAAGUCCUGCUGUCUGCUACGAUUUAGCGAAGACUCCUUCACGCCGUCCUUCAUCACGACCAUUGGAAUCGAUUUCAAGAUCCGGACCAUCGAGCUCGAUGGCAAGCGUGUGAAGCUGCAAAUAUGGGACACAGCGGGUCAGGAGCGGUUCCGCACCAUCACCACCGCAUAUUACAGAGGUGCUAUGGGCAUCUUGCUGGUGUAUGAUGUGACGGACGAGAGAAGUUUCAACAACAUCCGCACCUGGUUCUCCAAUGUCGAGCAACACGCCACCGAAGGCGUCAACAAGAUCCUCAUCGGUAACAAGUGCGACUGGGAAGAGAAGCGCGCCGUCUCCACCGAGCGCGGUCAAGCGCUCGCAGACGAACUCGGCAUACCCUUCCUCGAGGUCUCGGCGAAGAGCAACAUCAACGUCGAUCAGGCCUUCUACAGCUUAGCCGCAGAUAUCAAGAAGAGGCUGAUCGAUAGCGCGCGGACAGAACCCAGCACGAGCAAGGUAGACGUAGGGGCUGACGCGAGCGGCUCGGGAGGCGGUAUGGGUGGCAAAUGCUGCUAA